UCGCUGCCCCUCCCACAAAAGUAGAUAGCCGGAUAGCGUUUCUUCCACAAUCCUCACGCCGCGGCGACGCCUCCAACCCCCCUCCUUCCUCCGUCCCAUGCUCCGCGACUGACACCUUGGCCCCACAUAGCAUUCCGAUGGCCUCCGCCACGGCCGCCGUCUCCGGCAUCUUGCUUCCCCACGCCCUCCUCUCGCACCGCUCGCCGCCGCCGCAGAUACUCGCCGUGGCCUCCUCGUUCCGCCGGCUCUCCCUCUACGCUUCCCCUCGCCGGGCUACCCACCUAGUUGCCCGCGCCGACGCCAGUGCCGACGCCGGUGAACCGGAGCCAGUGACAGAGCUUGAGCCUGUCACUGCCUCAGCUGAUGCGGAGGAGGGGGAGGCGGAGGGGGGCGUCGCUGUGGCGGAGGAGGAGGAAGAAGCAGACGAGCCGCCGCUGCCGCGCAAGCCCGGUGUCAAGUUCGGCGAAAUCAUCGGGAUUCUGAACAAGCAGUUCAUUGAGGAGGCUGAGAAGGUGAAGACUAUCCCGGAUCUGAGGCCCGGUGAUAUCAUUGAGCUUAGAAUGCAACGGCCCAACAAGAGGAGAUUGUCGCUUUUUAAGGGCAUUAUCAUCGCCAAGCACAAAGCUGGUGUUCACACUACAAUACGUGUUAGAAGGAUCAUUGCUGGUGUAGGAGUUGAGAUUACCUUCCCUGUGUACUCGCCCAGGAUCAAGGAGAUCAAGGUAAUCAGACACAAGAAAGUGAGGAGAGCAAAAUUGUACUACCUGAAGCACAAACUUCCCCGUUUUUCAACCUUCAAGUAAAAUCAGAUAUGCCGGCAGAAAAUCUUCUCCCAUUGCCAUUUUGAUUUUCCUUUGGCAAGCGAAAUUCACUUAUCCAAAUCAGUACAUUUCACUGUAAUUAUUGGGUUUCAAAUGCGCAAUAUCUACAGUUCUUUUUGGCAUAUUUUGGCUUGCAGUGCAAAUGUAUUCUGUCCGCGGUGUACAAAAUUCAUACCAGGACUAUUCUUAUUAUGAAUUUUAUCCUUUAUGGGAGACCUGGAUUCUCAA